GGUCGAAACAGUAACAAAGGACUGCCUCAAUCUACGAUUUCUUUUGAUGGAAUCUAUGCAAAUAUGAGGAUGGUUCAUAUACUUACAUCAGUUGUUGGAUCCAAAUGUGAAGUACAAGUGAAAAAUGGAGGUAUAUAUGAAGGAGUUUUUAAGACAUACAGCCCUAAGUGCGAUUUGGUACUUGAUGCUGCACAUGAGAAAAGUACAGAAUCCAACUCGGGGCCAAAACGUGAAGAAAUAAUGGAGAGUAUUUUGUUCAAGUGUUCAGACUUUGUUGUGGUGCAGUUUAAGGAUAUGGACUCCAGUUAUGCAAGAAGAGAUGCCUUUACUGACUCUGCUAUCAGUGCUAAAGUCAACGGUGAACACAAAGAGAAGGACCUGGAGCCCUGGGACGCAGGGGAACUUCCUACCAGCGAGGAACUGGAGGCUUUGGAGAAUGACGUAUCUAAUGGAUGGGAUCCCAAUGAUAUGUUUCGAUAUAAUGAAGAAAAUUAUGGUGUAGUGUCUACAUAUGAUAGCAGUUUAUCUUCAUACACAGUACCCUUAGAAAGGGAUAACUCAGAAGAAUUUUUAAAACGGGAAGCAAGGGCAAACCAGUUAGCAGAAGAAAUUGAAUCAAGUGCCCAGUACAAAGCUCGUGUGGCCCUGGAAAAUGAUGAUAGGAGCGAGGAAGAAAAAUACACAGCUGUUCAGAGAAAUUCCAGUGAACGUGAGGGGCACAGCAUAAACACUAGGGAAAAUAAAUAUAUUCCUCCUGGACAAAGAAAUAGAGAAGUGAUAUCCUGGGGAAGUGGGAGACAGAAUUCGCCACGUGUGGGCCAGCCUGGAUCGGGCUCCAUGCCAUCAAGAUCCACUUCUCACACUUCAGAUUUCAACCCGAGUUCUGCUUCAGACCAAAGAGUAGUCAAUGGAGGUGUUCCCUGGCCAUCGCCUUGCCCAUCUCCUUCCUCUCGCCCACCUUCUCGCUACCAGUCAGGUCCCAACUCUCUUCCACCUCGGGCAGCCACCCCUACACGGCCGCCCUCCAGGCCCCCCUCGCGGCCAUCCAGACCCCCGUCUCACCCCUCUGCUCAUGGUUCUCCAGCUCCUGUCUCUACUAUGCCUAAACGCAUGUCUUCAGAAGGGCCUCCGAGGAUGUCCCCAAAGGCCCAGCGACACCCUCGAAAUCACAGAGUUUCUGCUGGGAGGGGCUCCAUAUCCAGUGGCCUAGAAUUUGUAUCCCACAAUCCACCAAGUGAAGCAGCUCCUCCUCCUGUGGCAAGGACCAGCCCCGCGGGGGGAACCUGGUCGUCAGUGGUCAGUGGGGUUCCAAGAUUAUCCCCUAAAACUCACAGACCCAGGUCUCCUAGACAGAACAGUAUUGGAAAUACUCCCAGUGGGCCAGUUCUUGCUUCUCCUCAAGCUGGUAUUAUUCCAGCUGAUGCUGUCGCCACGCCUGUUCCAGCUGCAUCUCCUACUCCUGCUAGUCCUGCAUCCAACAGAGCUGUUACUCCAUCUAUUGAGGCUAAAGAUUCCAGGCUUCAAGAUCAGAGACAGAGCUCUCCUGCGGGUAAUAAAGAAAACAUUAAGCCCAAUGAAACAUCACCUAGCUUCUCAAAAGCUGAGAAUAAAGGUAUAUCACCAAUUGUUUCUGAACAUAGAAAACAGAUUGAUGAUUUAAAGAAAUUUAAGAAUGACUUCAGGUUACAGCCAAGUUCUACUUCUGAAUCUAUGGAUCAACUGCUAAGCAAAAAUAGAGAGGGAGAAAAACCAAGAGAUUUGGUCAAAGAAAAAAUUGAACCCAGUGCUAAGGAUUCUUUCAUUGAAAAUAGCAGCAGCAACUGCACCAGUGGCAGCAGCAAGCCCAACAGCCCCAGCAUUUCCCCUUCGAUACUGACUAACGCGGAGCACAAGAGGGGGCCCGAGGUCACAUCCCAAGGUGUUCAGACUUCCAGUCCAGCAUGCAAACAGGAGAAAGAGGAUAAAGAGGAGAAGAAAGACGCAGCCGAGCAAGUUAGGAAAUCAACCUUGAAUCCCAAUGCAAAGGAGUUCAACCCUCGUUCCUUUUCUCAGCCAAAACCUUCUACCACCCCAACUUCACCUCGGCCUCAAGCACAACCUAGCCCAUCUAUGGUGGGUCAUCAACAGCCAACUCCCGUUUAUACUCAACCUGUUUGUUUUGCACCAAAUAUGAUGUAUCCUGUCCCAGUGAGCCCAGGCGUGCAACCUUUAUACCCAAUACCCAUGACGCCCAUGCCAGUGAAUCAAGCCAAGACAUAUAGAGCAGGUAAAGUACCAAAUAUGCCCCAGCAGCGGCAAGACCAGCAUCAUCAGAGCACCAUGAUGCACCCGGCCUCGGCCGCAGGCCCCCCCAUCGUUGCCACGCCCCCAGCCUACUCCGCACAGUAUGUCGCCUACAGCCCUCAGCAGUUUCCCAGCCAGCCGCUUGUUCAGCAUGUGCCACACUACCAGUCUCAGCACCCUCAUGUCUAUAGUCCUGUAAUACAGGGUAAUGCUAGAAUGAUGGCACCACCAACACACGCCCAGGCGGGCUUAGUGUCUUCUUCAGCAACUCAGUACGGGGCCCACGAGCAGACGCAUGCGAUGUAUGCAUGUCCCAAAUUACCAUACAACAAGGAGACAAGCCCUUCUUUCUACUUUGCCAUUUCCACGGGCUCCCUUGCUCAGCAGUAUGCGCACCCUAACACUAGCCUGCACCCACAUACUCCACAUCCUCAGCCUUCAGCCACCCCCACUGGACAGCAGCAGAGCCAGCAUGGUGGAAGCCAUCCUGCUCCCAGUCCCGUUCAGCACCAUCAGCACCAGGCCGCCCAGGCUCUCCAUCUGGCCAGUCCACAGCAGCAGUCAGCCAUUUACCAUGCGGGGCUCGCGCCAACCCCGCCUUCCAUGACACCUGCCUCCAACACGCAGUCGCCACAGAAUAGUUUCCCAACAGCACAACAGACCGUCUUUACGAUCCAUCCUUCUCAUGUUCAGCCGGCAUAUACCAACCCACCCCACAUGGCCCACGUACCUCAGGCUCAUGUACAGUCAGGAAUGGUUCCUUCUCAUCCAACUGCCCAUGCGCCAAUGAUGCUAAUGACGACACAGCCACCCGGCGGUCCCCAGGCCGCCCUCGCUCAAAGUGCACUACAGCCCAUUCCAGUCUCGACAACAGCGCAUUUCCCCUAUAUGACGCACCCUUCAGUACAAGCCCACCACCAGCAGCAGUUGUAAGGCUGCCCUGGAGGAACCGAAAGGCCAGAUCCCCUCCUCCCUUCUACUGCUUCUACCAACUGGAAGCACAGAAAACUAGAAUUUCAUUUAUUUUGUUUUUAAAAAUAUAUGUUGAUUUCUUGUAACAUCCAAUAGGAAUGCUAACAGUUCACUUGCAGUGGAAGAUACUUGGACCGAGUAGAGGCAUUUAGGAACUUGUGGGCUGUUCAUAAUUCCAUAUGCUGUUUCAGUCCCGCAAGUACCCCAGCUCUGCUUGCCGAAACUGGAAGUUAUUUAUUUUU